AUGGGGUCUAAGAAGCGAGAUCGAAUUGUCAACACUCAGCCAUUUGUCUCCGAUGACGCCUCCGUUGCUUCCUCCAGGAAGCGGUCUAAGGUUCCUAAAACCCAUCAGAAACAGGAGCCGCUGAUUAAUGCUCGUAUGAGCUCGAAGAUCAUGAAGGAAGCUCUUGCCCAGCAGAAGGAGAUUGACGAUGAAGAGAACUUAGAGAAUAACCCUAUGAGCGCCGUGUUUGCUGCUGCGGCCGCCGUGACUGCUGUAGAGGAGAAGAAGUUGAAGGAAGAGCAAGAAGAUGAUAUUGCUGAUAUUGAUAAUUUCGAUGGGAAAUUUGAAGAUGAUAGUUAUCAAGAGGAUAUCAAUGAGGAAGACGAGAAGAUGUUUGAGUCAUUCUUUGUUAAGAAUGCACCUCCUCAGCGUACUCUCGCUGACAUCAUUAUCAAGAAAAUCAAAGAUAAUGAUGCAGACUUAGCCGAAGAAGAGCGUCCUGAUCCUGAAAUAGACCCUGAUAUAAGCAAAUUAUAUAAAGGUGUUGCCAAGAUUAUGAGUGAGUACACGAUUGGUAAAAUGCCAAAAGCGUUUGUGCUGAUCACCAAAAUGCAACGCUGGGAGGAUGUGUUAUACUUGACCGAGCCAGAGAAAUGGUCACCAAACGCAAUGUUUCAAGCCACAAGAAUACUUGCUCACCACUUGAAAGAGAGUCAGAUCCAGCGGUUUUAUAGGUACGUUCUGCUUCCGCGUGUGAGAGAGGAUAUUAAAAAGAACAAGAGGCUGCAUUUUGCUCUAUACCAAUCUUUGAAAAAGGCUCUGUACAAGCCUGCUGCUUUCAAUAGAGGGAUACUCUUCCCGCUUUGUAAGUCUGGGACAUGCAAUCUCAGAGAAGCUGUCAUUAUAGGGAGCAUUCUCGAGAAGUGUUCUUUCCCUAUGCUUCACUCAUGUGUUGCCUUGCUAGGACUGGCUGAUAUGGAGUAUUGCGGUACAACAAGUUACUUUAUAAAAGUUUUCUUGGAGAAGAAAUAUUGUAUGCCGUAUAGAGUGCUUGACGCAUUGGUUGCUCACUUCAUGAGAUUUGUGGAUGAAAUCAGAGUCAUGCCUGUGAUUUGGCACCAGUCUCUUCUUGCCUUUGUGCAACGGUACAAGUAUGAACUACUUAAGGAAGACAAAGAGCAUUUACAAACUCUCCUCCAGAGGCAAAAUCACCAUCUUGUUACUCCUGAGAUUCAGAGAGAGCUUAAGGCAAUUUCACCUUCUUCAGUUUCUACAAUCAACAAACCGAUUGAAGAAGACAGGUUUGACAUUCCAGAGGUGCCAAUGGAAGAGGACUGA